AUGGAGUUUUAUCCUGAUGACAAGCUUCUCUUUCUUCAGGAAUCAUGUUUUUCUGAUUUUUACUUCCUGUCUGGAGGACUUUUUCAAGACAAGAAUAUUGAAAUGCUCUGUUUCGUGUUCACUUUGUUUUGCUACCUUUCCAUUUGGAUGGGAAAUGUGCUCAUAAUGAUUUCCAUCACAUGCACUCAGCUGAUCGUCCAGCCCACGUAUUUCUUCCUCAAUUACCUCUCACUCUCUGACCUUUGCUACACAUCCACCGUGACCCCUAAACUGAUGACUGACUUUCUGGCCGAGAGGAAGACCAUUUCCUACACUAACUGCAUGGUGCAGCUCUUCACCACUCACUUCUUUGGCGGCAUUGAGAUCUUCAUUCUCAUGGGAAUGGCCUAUGACCGCUAUGUGGCCAUCUGUAAGCCCUUGCACUACACCGUCAUCAUGAGCAGGCAGAACUGUAACGCAAUAAUCCUGGCAUGUUCUGUUGGAGGGUUUGUACACUCUACCAGUCAGUUGCUCCUCACCGUCUUCUUACCAUUCUGUGGUCCCAAUGAGAUUGAUCCCUACUUCUGUGAUGUGUAUCCUUUGCUGAAAUUGGCCUGUUCGGAUACACACACAGUAGGUGUCCUCGUCAUUGUGAAUUCAGGCCUGAUUUCUUUGGUGACAUUCGUUGUCUUGGUGUUCUCUUACUUUUUAAUACUAUACACCAUCAGGUCUUACUUACCACGCCUAUUGGUUUGCAUGGGAACAUCCUGGGCAAUAGCGUAG